CACACUUAUAUCUAUUUACAUAUAUUUAUAUACACAAUAUAUAUAAUAUAAUACAAUAUAUAAAAUAGUAGUUACCGAUAAAAAUAAUUAAUAUUUCUUUUUCUAUCCCUAUAAUCAUAUUAUGCAAUUUUGCCUUUCAAUAUUUUUCUUUAAAAAAUAAAUUGGUUUCAUCGCAUCGUAAAAGACCGCCGCACGUGCUCACGUGCGAAUGACGUAAGCGCGGAACCUUUCCAAAUUUAUGAACUGUCAACUUCAAACUCGAUCCCCAAUCCCCAUUGUCAGCCGUCCCCAUUGUCUCCCAUCCCCGCGCCGCCAUGGUUGCCGCCGCCGCCGGAGACGCCUCCCUCUCGGCGCCGCUCCUCGCCUCCGAUCACAUAGUCCUCACCGUCCACCCCGACGCCGCCGAUUGUCGUCGACCCCUAAUUCCGCCGACGGCCGACGACGGCAAUCCGUUCGCGUUCAUCGGCGCCCGCGACGGCGUGGAGUCGCCGGAUACGAGCCCGAUCGAUCCCUUCCGCAACCACACGGCGGCGGCCGUCGGCGGUCUUUACGAGGGGCUGAAGAUCCUGGCGUGCCUCCCACUCGCCGCCGCCCGGCUGGUGCUGUUCGGCGCGUGCCUGGCGGUGGGGUUCGUGGCGACGCUUCUGGCCCUGCAGGGAUGGAAGGACAGGCAGAAUCCGAUGCCCCAAUGGCGGCGCCGCGCCAUGUGGGUCACGCGCCUCUGCGCACGCGCCAUCCUCUUCUCCUUUGGCUACCAUUGGAUAAAAAGGAAAGGCAAGCCAGCUCGAAGGGAGAUUGCUCCGAUCAUCGUAUCCAAUCAUGUAUCAUACAUUGAACCUAUUUUCUUCUUCUACGAGUUGUUCCCGAUCAUAGUCUCAUCCGAGUCGCACGACUCAAUGCCUUUUGUCGGCACCAUCAUCCGAGCAAUGCAGGUCAUUUAUGUUGAUAGAUUUUCAAGAUCGUCUCGGAAACAUGCUGUCAAUGAAAUCAAGAGGAAAGCUUCGUGCAAUCGGUUUCCGCAAGUUCUCUUAUUUCCCGAGGGAACGACAAGCAAUGGUCGAGUUAUAAUCUCCUUUCAACUUGGCGCUUUCAUCCCCGGUUAUCCUGUCCAGCCCGUCGCUGUUCGCUAUCCCUAUGUUCACUUCGACCAAUCUUGGGGUAACAUUGCGCUUGGAAAGCUGAUGUUUCGAAUGCUUACGCAGUUUCACAAUUUCAUGGAGGUCGAGUAUCUCCCCAUAGUGUCGCCGAACGAAAUUCACAAGGAAAGUGCCGCGCAUUUCGCUCAAAGGACUGCUCGCGCCAUUGCGACUGCUCUCAAUGUGCCGCAGACUUCGCACUCCUUUGGAGAUUUCUUGCUCCUUGCGAAGGCUGCAGAAUCGAAACAGGAAAACACGGCGCUGUAUAUGGUCGAAAUGGCCUGGAUACAAUCGGCUUUGCAUCUGAGGGCUCUGGAGGCUGUCGAAUUUUUGGAGAUAUUUCUGUCGAUGAAUCCCGAUCGGAGCGGAUAUGUCGAAUUCCAUGACUUCAUCGGAACUCUGAGGCUCAAACCUUGCAGCCUCGCCGAAAAGAUCUUUGGAUUCGUCGAUGUGCAGAAGCUCGGAAAGAUAACAUUUAAGCAGCCGCUAUUCCGUCAUGCUUGCGAACUUUCGUUUAGAGAAUGCGAUGUAAACGAGACGAACUACGUAUUAAAACCCGAGUUUCACGACGUAGUUUCAAUGGCAAUCCCGAGCUUGAAAUUCGAUGAGAUCGACGCUCUUUUUACUCUAUUCGAUGUGGAUGGCGACCGGAGAAUUAGCAAAAAUGACUUUGUCCUUUGCAUGAAAAGGAACCCGUUGCUUAUCGCCCUUUUUGCUCCAAAAUUGGUUCGAAAAGGCGUGUCCUUACCCGAGGCAAGCCUCGUCGAGGAGGUGUAUUGAACGCGCGGAUUCGACAAAUUUUUGGACAUUUUAUUAUAUUUUAUUUUAUUUUUUAUUUUUUUCACACCUUAUUCGUAUGUAUCAUCGGCAUCUUGUCCAAAUGUUUUGUUUCUUGUUGUGUAGUAAGUCUUUGUUUUUGGGGGUGUAAUGAAUGGUGGACAAUGAUUUUGAUUCGAUCCCUAGUUCUUGUUUUCGGUUUAGA